AUGUCUACCAAACCUAAGGUCACAACAGUGACAAAUAAGAAAUCCAAUAAGGUGCCUGACAAGUUUUUGAUUAAAGUGCCUGACCAGGUGCCUGACAAGGUCCCCAUAAAGGAUUAUAUUGAGACAAGCAACACAAAGCUCCGCACCAAGGCGCCAGGCAGUGCAUCUUUCACUGACCAUCAAUCGCUCCAACAGAGGUCCAAUGCCAAAGAGAAUGACCAGGAAGAGGAAGAGGAAGAGGAAGAUGGAGAUGGAGAUGGAGAGUUGGAGGAUGUAGAGAUGAACCAGAACACGGGAGAAGAAGAAGCGGAUGAGCAGGAGGAAGAGGAUGAUCAGGUGGAGGAUGAAGGAGGAGAUCAGGAGGAUGAGGAGGAGAAUCAGGAGGAGAAUCAGGAAGAGGAAGACGCCCCCACUCCAGCAGGGAAAGGGAAGCAGAAGGCCAAGAAGCAGAAGAAGAAGCGGAUUUCUAAGAAGAAGGCAGACGGAGAGCAGCGCACAUUCCAGACUCAGGAGAUCCUGGAUGGUCUGCUCAAAGCGGAGCUAGGCUACGCCCUCCUUCAUGUCGGAGGAACCAAGAACGACCUGGGUCAAGGUCCAGAGAUGAUCCGCCAGCUAUACAACUGUAGACCAAUAAACAGCGCCAUCAUCAAGAAGAUUGAUGAGAAGCAGCAAGCAUCAGGGCUUCUCAACCGCCAGCAGUCCAACGCCAUCUUCAUAGGCGUCAAACCGGAGCACGUCAAGGGAGGCCUGCAGAAGAUGAAACCCGGCCAAUAUGACAACUUCAUCGAAUGGACGGAUGCGGCCAGACGUCCAGGAGCCCAGAUGGUCUUGUUCAAUGGCUCUCACAGAUGCCAAUUCAUCGCGGAGCACUUCUUAGAGGAAUUUUUCAAUUACAACAAGGGAGUGGAGGAGGCGGACAGAGCGAAGAACACCCAUGACAGGAGCAUCGGCGAACGAAAGGUCGCUGACGCCAAACGAGUCUUGGAACCAAAGGCGGUGUGGGCGGCCCGCUUUUUUGACAUCGACGCCAUCGAAAGGUCCCCCAACAAGCUUCUCAUGCUGCACGAGCUCACGGGCAACGUGUCCUUGCCCUUCAAGGACGAUACCGACACGGACAAGCUGAAAAACGUCCUUCGUUUGGGACGUGGAGAGCAGUCCGACAAAAAUGAGGCUUUCUUGGCGGAUGCCACGCAGCAGUGGAUGGACUCGAGAGAGAGCAGUGGCGUCCGCACGACAUGGGCGGUGAAGCACAAGGCCCUCUUUAAUUUCUUGAAGGACUUGUAUGCCAUCGAGCCAUUCGAGAAGGAGACGUCCAUAAACAUAUCCCUGCUCUAUGCAAACUGGAAUCCCUGUCUCACGGGGUUCCACAUCGCCACCCUGAGGCCCAUGCUGUCCAAACUCAAAUUCCUCUUUACGCCGAUGACCUUUGCUUCCUUGAAUCACGCCGCUGGCAAGCACUGCAACAAGUCUUGGAAGGACGCGGAUGCCAAAGAGCGAUCCAGCAUCUUGGAGAAGUAUCGCAAAUUGUUCCUGCAAAAGAUCCUGGAGAAGGACAGAAGUCCAAUGCUGAGCUUGAUCGAUGCGACCAUCAUGAGGACGCUGUCGGAUGCGUUCACAAAACACCUCUCCGAUGCCGUCACUCUCUUCGGCUCCGUCGAAACAGAUGACAGACGUCGAUACCAGCACGCUUAUGAUGCCUUCUAUCAGGAGCUGUCCGAACAGCUCACCCAGAUCAUCGAAGUCAACAUCCUCCCCCAUUGCAAAGAGGAUGACCCGGAGACCAAGAUUCUGAGGAACACUCUGACGAAACUCGAUUGGAUACACGCCGGCUUCAAUCCGCACGAGCAAGAAGAGCUGAACCACGGCACCCUCCUCCCAAUGCUCACUCCCCCAGCCAUCAUCGCCUACAUGAUGGUGUGGAAUUCCACCAGUCUCACAAAAUACAUCAAAAAAGGGUCAGACGUAGACCUUUAUGUCGUUUUGAAAGAUUUGGUAUCUUCCAUUGAUCCUCUCUCUGCAUUUCCCGUGACCAAAGCCAACGUUCGCAAGGGCCGCCCCUGGUACUGCAUCUGGGAAGCCUUGCUCGUCAUGUUCGAGGUGCGCUUUGGCAUUGAGGACCCUGCGGACAGAGAGAGCGCUUUGAACUCGCUGGUGUCCGUUAUCAUGACCGCACGCAGAGUCCACGCUCCUACUUACAGGGUUGCCAUGGGCAAAUUCAUCCCCAAGGACAUAGAGAAGAACAUGGCUGCCACCUACCAAGAAACCUUCGAUCCCACGGCCUGGGUCAUCCUGCACAAGUUUUUCUAUGCUUGGGCCCUGGAGUUGGAGGCAACUCCAAACUGGUCUCAGGGUUCGAUACUCCUUCCUGGAGCCAGCGAUAGGAUUUGGAAUGAAUGCACCAAUGCCCUGCCAACUCCUUCGAUGAUCGCCUCCUUCAGAGCCGUCUAUUAUGUCUUUCGCUCCACAGCCUAUCCUUGGUGGCACAUCGCCAAGAAAAAGAAGCUGACGAAGAUCCUCUUCUACUACGCUUUGUAUCAGAACGACCUGAUCACUCCGCGCAAGAAGAUCCUCUCCAUCAGAUCCAACUGGGAUCUUCGCGAAAAAAUCGCCAAGGCUCUGAUCGCCAUCGCCAACAGUCACGGCCAUGAACUGGAAGCGUUUCCCUUCUUCGACGACAUAAAUAGCCAGCCCAACGUCCCUCGCAGCGCAGCGGUCAUCGUUCCAUCAAUCCAACCUGUAAUAAACGAUGCAGAAACCACCGCCGUCUCAUCCGCACGCGCUUUAGCUGCCCCGGAAUUGGGAGAACGCAACAACCAGCACAUGCAAAAAAUCAUCGAGCUGGCCACGUCCACCGGUCUGGGCAGCAUCAUGAUCGGAAAGAACAAGGUGGUGAUUCCAGAGGUGAAGGAAGCUCUGUUGGCCAUCGCAUGCUCUGGAGAAAAAGAGGAGAUCAGGAUGAAAGAUCCGAAGGCGGAUCUCAGAGGCCGUCUGAGCAUGGAAGCCAGAAAGGCGAUCGUUGAGAAGAUCGGUUAUGGCCAGGACCUCAGCCUCAUCCAAUGCGCGACAGAGGUGCAGAUCGAGAAACACUGGUCCCCUCAGACGGACGAGAAUCUGGCCAAAGCCCCUGUCUCAUAUCAUUCAACCAGCACCUCUAUCUACACCGAACAGGCCAGGAUCAAAGCGCAGAAAGCCAACGAGAAGUUGAACAGACGUCUAGGGGUCUUGCAGAGGAAGGCAGAAAAGGCCUACAGGCCCCCUCCUAGAGAGGGUGCUGAAUCAGAAUCCGAUUCUGAGGAAGAAACCGCUCCAGGCAAGUCAUUCAUUCUCCUGUGCUCAGUAUACGCGCGCGCUAACGCAAGGAACUCAGCUCCUGUCAAAACGAAGCAGGCGCCGCCAAAGCCCAAGCCCCAGCCCCAGCCCCAGCCCCAGCCCAAGCCAAAGCCAAAGCCAAAGCCAAAGCCAAAGCCAAAGCCAAAGCCAAAGCCAAAGUCGAAGUCGAAGCUCUCCAGCAGCAAAGCGCCCGCAUCUGAAGACAUGGAGGCGGACUUCCCUCCCGCUCCCAGUUCUGACACCUCAAAUGCGGAUAAAGGCAAGAGGAAAGCAAUGGAUGAGCCCAUAAUACUGUCCUCCAGCGAUGAGCAGGAGAUGCCUUCCAAACCGAGCGGCAGCAGCAUCCUCGGCGCCUUAAAGUUCAAACGCUCGAAGCGUCCAUCAUCGGAGUCCGCACCAUCCCCUUCAAAAGACUCCUCAGACCUGUCAAAGGCUCUGUCCGCUGCAUUCGAAAACAACACUCAGCUUCCCUCCGAUGAAGAGGAGGAAACCCAGCGUCGUCUCAAGGCCCCCAGUGCGGUGAAUCUUAAUUCCGAAGAUGAGACCAUGCGCCCCGCCGCCAAAGCCCUCCAACAAGCCAGAUCAGGUGCCAUCGCCAAAGGAGCAUCCAACCCCCUCAUAGGCAAGUCUCAAACCAGACAUCAGCGCGCGCAUUCCUCGGGCGGUUCCAAUCCUGGUUCCAGAAAGCGCACACCAGAAGCAUCUUCAGAAGAGGACAGCAGCUCAAGCCGCAAGAGACAGCGCCUCAGCACAGACGCACCCAAUCCAGACUCUGACCUUGACCCCUCCAUCUACAGGCCAACCCUCAGCAACUGGAAGCGGCUGGGUCGCCAACUCGGCAACAAUAGCAAUGUGCUCGAUCCUGCAAAAUGUCCUAUGCCAUUCGCAAGCAUCUUCUCAGAAUCAUGGCUGACAGCGAAACGCAUCCUCCCCGAAAGCCAGAUCCAAAGUUUGGCAGACAACGUAAUCCGCGGUUAUGAAACCAACGAGGCGGGAGAUGAAGACCAAGAAAUGGCUGAUGCAGCAGCAGAAGCUUCAGGGUCUGCGCAAGAACCAGAGACCUCAGGAUCUGCAUCAGGGGGAGAAGCUUCAGAAUCCGCGCCAGAGGCAGAGUCUUCGGGAUCCGCACAGGAGGAAGAGGCCACAGGAUCCGCGCCAAAGGGAGACACCACAGGAUCUGCGACAGAGGCAGAGUCUUCAGGAUCCGCACCAGAGGAAGAGGCUACAGGAUCCAUGCCAAAGGGAGAUGCCACAGAAUCUGCAACAGAGGCAGAGUCUUCAGGAUCCGCGCCAAAGGGAGAUGCCACGGAAUCUGCAACAGAGGCAGAGUCUUCAGAAUCCGCGCCAGAUGCAGAGGCCACAGGAUCCGCAGAGGAGGCAGAGAUGGACGUCACCAACUGA